CAGGCUCGCGCAGACCAGCCCUCUCCAUCAACUGUAUUUCCUCUCGUCCUAACGCGCAGUUUCCCUUCCUUACAUCUCAGCCAGCGGUUUCUCCGAGAAGAAAACUCAAUUUACCAUCAAUUGCAUUCUGGGAUAUCACGUUGCUUGUACAUAGGCCGUCUUUUCGUUUUUGGUUCUUCUGACAUGGAAGUGAGAUGUCGUCCAGUGGUGAUGUGUGUUUUUGCCAUCCUCUGCUCCGGGGCUCCACGGUCGCUCGGCUCUCCUUACGCGGACAGGCAGUACCUGAACGAGUGGGCUGUGGAGAUCCCGGGCGGGCUGUCCGCGGCGGAGGCGAUCGCCAGGGAGCUGGACUACGAACUGGUCCGACAGAUUGGGGCCCUGGAUGACCAUUACUUGCUGAAACACCGCAGACAUCCUCACAGGAUGAAGCGCAGCGCCGACCACAUCACCAGGCAAUUGUCAGAGGAUGAUCGAGUGUUGUGGGCGGAGCAGCAGUAUGAAAAACGGCGCAACAAGAGGGCAGUCAUCAGAGAGUGCAGGGACUGCUCAGUGGACAAGCUGUUUGAUGAUCCCAUGUGGAACCAGCAGUGGUAUCUGCAAGACACGCGAACGUCGUCCUCGCUGCCAAAGCUGGACCUUCACGUGAUCCCAGUCUGGCAGAAAGGCAUCACAGGGAAAGGAGUGGUCAUCACAGUUCUGGAUGACGGACUGGAGUGGAACCACACAGACAUCUACUCCAACUACGAUGCAGCCGCCAGCUACGAUUUCAACGACAACGACCCGGAUCCUUUUCCCAGAUAUGACUCCACCAACGAAAACAAACAUGGCACGAGGUGUGCGGGAGAGAUAGCAAUGCAGGCGGACAACAACAAAUGUGGAGUUGGAGUGGCCUACAACUCAAAAGUUGGCGGAAUCCGGAUGCUGGAUGGAAUUGUGACAGAUGCCAUCGAAGCCAGCUCCAUUGGAUUCAAUCCAAACCACGUGGACAUCUACAGUGCCAGUUGGGGACCCAACGAUGAUGGCAAAACGGUGGAGGGCCCUGGUCGUCUGGCCCAAAAGGCUUUUGAAUACGGAAUCCAAAAGGGCCGAGGUGGAAAAGGCUCCAUUUUUGUUUGGGCAUCAGGUAACGGUGGGCGCCAGGGGGACAACUGCGACUGCGAUGGCUACACAGACAGCAUCUACACCAUCUCCAUCAGCAGUGCCUCCCAGCAGGGCCUGUCUCCAUGGUACGCAGAGAAGUGCUCCUCCACUCUGGCUACAGCUUACAGCAGCGGAGACUACACCGACCAGAGAAUAACUAGUGCUGACCUGCACAACGAGUGCACUCAGACUCACACUGGAACAUCUGCUUCUGCCCCGCUGGCUGCUGGAAUAUUUGCUCUGGCUCUCGAACAAAAUCCCAAUCUUACCUGGCGAGACCUGCAGCACAUCAUCGUCUGGACAUCAGAGUUCGAUCCUUUGGCCAACAAUCCUGGCUGGAAAAGGAAUGGAGCAGGACUGAUGGUCAACAGCCGCUUUGGUUUUGGACUACUUAAUGCCAAAGCUUUGGUGGACCUCGCUGACCCGGCCACCUGGAAGCAUGUUCCAGAAAAGAAGAUAUGCAUCGUGAGGGAUGAUUCUUUUCAGCCAAGGGAACUAAAAGCAGCAGGGGAGAUCACCAUAGAGAUUCCUACCAAAGCUUGUGCGGGCCAGGAGAAUGCUGUCCGCUCAUUGGAACAUUUACAAGUGGAAGCCAGCAUCGAAUACACCAGGAGAGGAGAUCUGCACAUCACACUCACCUCCCCAGCUGGCACCACAACAGUCCUUCUGGCAGAGCGGGAAAGAGACACAUCAGCCAAUGGUUUCAGAAACUGGGACUUUAUGUCCGUUCAUACGUGGGGAGAAGAUCCUGCUGGAACAUGGACUCUAAAAAUCACAGACACUUCGGGCCGCAUGGAAAACAAGGGACGCAUCUUGAGCUGGAAGUUGAUUCUUCAUGGAACAUCAGAGAAACCAGAACACAUGAAGAAACCUAGAGUCUACAUUCCCUACAACGCAGUGCAAAAUGACCGCCGUGGCGUGGAACACAUGGAUGACAUGAUGGAGGAGCCCACACAGCCCCACCCACCUCAGAAAACUGAAGUCCAAAUUCUCAAGAAAGAGCCUCAAAAGCUCUCAAACUCCUCUUACUCCCCCUCCUUUGCGCUGCUGCGUCUCCUGCAGACAGCCUUCAGCCGGCAGCCCAUGGUUGUGCAACAACGCCAGACAGCUGCAAGUCCCUCCUCAAGUUUGAAAAACCAGCAGCCCAGCCAGAGCCUCACCCCGCCAGCUGCAAGACUCCCCGCAAAAAAGCUGUACCAAGCUCUGGACCUGAUCAAUAAGUACCACGGUGCCGGGGACAACAUCUACAGUGACUACAGCGAUGGCUUCUACAACAUCAAGCCGUACAGACACAGGGAUGAUCGACUGAUGCAGGCCCUGUUCCAGAUGCUGGAUGAUUAGAAGUGAGAGCCAGGAGGUGCAGAGAGGGAAGAAAACGACAAGAGAAAGGGUGGGAUGAAAGCUUGAGAGCAGAAGAGUAAGAUGAGUGAGAGAAUGAAAAGAAAUGUUCAUUACCGGUCCUGGAAGAGUGGAAGAGAAAAUGAGAAACACCCAAAAUGCUGCAUAUCUAAUUUAUUAGCUGAUCACUAUGUGUUAACUGAUUUCUUUUUUUUUUUUUUUUUGUCAUUCAAUCAUUUGACCCUGCACAAUUUCCUUAUGUAAUUUAAAAAACAGAGUUAUUUAGAUUAUUUCUGAUGUAAAAUAUAUAUACAUGUGGUGAAUACAAAAGCAUUUAACCAAAUGAAAAGGGAGUUAUUGUGGCCUUGUCUCUUUCUUUUCUGCUUGCUUGAGCAUGGCAUUCUUAAAUGAUGCGUUUGUAAAGUAUCUAUGGCUAUUUAUCUUUCAGAGACAUUAAUUUUAAAUUAGUAAUCUUUGGUAUAGAUGCCAUUUCUACAUAGUUGCUCAUUCGUUUUCCACUACAACACUAUUUAUUCACCAUAAAUGUGAUCCAAAUAACUGAAGUCUCUGAAGCAGACAUAACAGAUAAAUUGAUCAUAAAAAAAUUCUAAUUCUGUUUGCAAAAUACUUAUUCUCAGGGGAUACACAAAGUUGAAAACAGUAAUUGUGCUCUUAAAUCCAUUCAGAGAAAUGUAUUCAGAAUGUAAAACUAUUUUCUAUAAGGUGUCAACAUGAGACUUAAAAUUAAGGAAACUUAAAAAAAACGUCAAAGUGGAAAAAUUGCCAAAAUAAGAGAUUUGCUUCCUCGUGCAUUUCUUUCAUUUUGUAUAAGUGCAAUGCUGCAUUAUAGAAAUAUUUUUCUAAGGAUCCAAUAUCUUGUGAAUUAUUUUACAUAGUGAACCUUUUUAAUUGUUUUAUUUAGCACACACAUGUGCUGAAAGAAAAGGUAGUUUUCUCAACAUGCCAACACUAAUAAAGCGUUGCUGUCCAAAAGUUUAUUUUCAAAAACUGUAAAAACGAAUGUCAUCUGUAAAAUGUAAGCCAAAAUCCGGAGUUGAAACAUUUUUUUCCUCAUCCAAGGAACCUUAUUACCAGUAAAACCUGUGACUCCUCUCAGUCGACAUUUGUAGCUGAUCAUUUAUUUUUUCUCAUUUGGUGGUAAUACAGAAAAUUUUUUAGCUCACCUCAAGCUCUGUAGAAUAGAGGCUUAGUACAACCAAGUACAUUCAUGUUCAACACUGUUAGUAAAGCUGUAACAAAUGUGCAAAUAUUCAUCCCCAUGUGGUGCAGAGCAACGUACAUGUAGUAAUUUAAGUCUUUGUGACAUGAAAUGCUGUAAAACCUCAGUGCAGAGUCUCUAUUCUCUAGCUUGGAAAUGCCUGUCCCUCUCGUCUGCCAGAACAAGUGACAGGGAAGAGGAUGUUUAAAAUAAAAUUUUAGAAGAGCUUUCAAUGCUCCGCGUAAUUUAUCCAAUCUUGAAGCUAGCUUGUUCGGUUAUUUGUUUAUUUAUUUUGUAUUUAAAGUUGUUUACACUGACCAAUAUGUCAUAUUCUGUUCCAACUUCUGUAUGGAUGUGUAACAAAAAUUACGAGAUUUAUCCAAAUAAAAUGCAAAGUAACAGA